AUGGCCGUUGCCAACUCCUUCGACCACCUAACCAACCGGAUGAAGCUGGAAUGGUUCUCCCAGCUUCAUACCGAGAUGGUGCCGCACCGCAACUAUCGUCGCACCUCGAUCAUUUGCACCAUCGGUCCCAAGACAAACUCCGUUGAGAAGAUCAACAUGCUCCGUAAAGCCGGUCUCAAUGUUGUUCGCAUGAACUUCUCCCACGGCUCGUACGAGUACCACCAAUCUGUCAUUGACAACGCUAGAGCGGCCGAGAGCUCCCAGGCUGGCCGUCCAGUGGCUAUUGCCCUUGACACCAAAGGACCUGAAAUCCGUACCGGAAACACUGUUGGCGACCAGGACAUUCCUAUCGCUGCUGGCCAUGAAUUCAAUGUGACCACCGAUGACAAAUAUGCCACAGCCAGUGACAAUGAGAACAUGUAUCUUGAUUACAAGAACAUCAGCAAGGUGAUCUCUCCGGGCAAGCUCAUCUAUGUCGACGACGGUAUUCUCUCUCUCGAAGUCCUCCGCGUCGUUGAUGACAAGACCGUUCGCGUAAAAUGCCUCAACAACGGUAACAUCUCUUCCCGCAAGGGUGUCAACCUGCCUGGCACCGACGUCGAUCUCCCCGCCCUCUCUGAGAAGGACAAGAACGAUCUGCGUUUUGGUGUCAAAAACAAGGUCGAUAUGGUUUUCGCUUCGUUUAUUCGCCGGGGUGAAGACAUCAAAGAAAUCCGAAAGAUCCUCGGCGAAGAGGGUCGUGAAAUUCAAAUCAUUGCCAAGAUCGAGAACCAACAGGGUGUAAACAACUUCGAUGAGAUUCUCCAGGAAACCGAUGGUAUCAUGGUUGCUCGUGGUGAUCUUGGCAUCGAAAUCCCUGCCCCCAAGGUCUUCCUCGCCCAGAAGAUGAUGAUCGCCAAGUGCAACUUGAAAGGCAAGCCUGUCAUUUGUGCUACUCAGAUGUUGGAGUCCAUGACAUACAACCCUCGCCCCACCCGUGCUGAAGUGUCGGACGUUGCCAACGCCGUUCUUGACGGUGCUGACUGUGUCAUGUUGUCUGGUGAGACUGCCAAGGGCAACUACCCAUCCGAGGCCGUUACCAUGAUGCACGACACCUGUUUGAUCGCUGAGGUGUCGGUUCCACACUUCAGCAUUUUCGACGAGCUCCGCACUCUUUGCCCGCGCCCUGCUGAUACAGUUGAGGCAAUUGCCAUGUCUGCCGUCGGUGCUAGCUUGGAAUUGAACGCUGGUGCCAUUGUUGUGCUGACCACAAGUGGUAAAUCCGCGCGUCUCGUGGCCAAGUAUCGUCCCGUCUGCCCCGUUAUCAUGAUCACUCGUAACGACACCGCAUCCCGGUAUUCUCACCUGUAUCGGGGUGUCUAUCCCUUCUAUUUCCCCGAGACAAAGCCCGACUUCAAUGUCAAGGUCUGGCAGGAGGACGUUGACCGACGUCUCAAGUGGGGUAUCCACAAUGGUAUCAAACUCGGUAUUAUCAACAAGGGCGACAGCAUUGUCUGUGUUCAGGGCUGGCGUGGUGGCAUGGGUCACACCAACACUAUCCGUGUGGUCCCUGCCGAAGAUGACUUGGGUCUUGAGCAGUAA